AUGAUCGGCAGUUACAGGGAGAUCCUGGAGGUCCGCACCCGCAUUACGGAGAUUCUUGGCUGGUGUCAGCUAGAAAUUUCUGCAGGGGAUUCGGGCGCAUGGGAUAACAGCAUUGAUAUUCAAUCAAUCGUCGAUGAUGAGCCUCAGACCAUCACGCCAGUUGCGCUCCAUGAACCCAAUGUUAUUUCACCACUGCUCUCCCUCUUGGCAGAGCCUCCAGCAUUCCAUGGCCGCCUUUCGGAUCUAGAGUACAGUCCUUCACAAUCUGUCGGGGACGCUCGUAGCCUGCAGGAGGGUGCAGAUCCUCUCAUCUGUCAACUUUCCCAGAGCCUACCGCUCUGCGGCACCUCUAGUUCCGCCAACGAUGAGUCAUUGGUACAAGACUUCAUACCUCAACAUGGCACGUACUUUGAGGGGCAGACCAUGUCUGGCUCUUCAGCCGGAUGCAAUCAACAACUGCCUCUCCCUGUUGCGCAGACAGAGGGUUAA